ACGAAGCAGCAUUAAACCAUCAGAGCUCUGAGAUGAAACACACUUUGCUCUGCUUCAUCUUCCUCACAGCACUUCAGGAUGGAAACACUGGUUUGGUCAAAGCACAAACUCUCACUCACAGAGCAGAGGAAGGAGGAAGCAUCACAGUUGGGUGCAACUUUUAUUUCUCUGGAAGCAGGAAACUCUUCUGUAAGGAAAAAUGUGAAAAUGGAAACAUUCUUCUUGAAACAUCUGAUGAUGCAGCUCAGAACGGCAGAUACAGCAUUAAAUAUGAAAACUCAUAUAAUAUUAUGUAUGUGAGCAUCACACAGCUGAAACAGUCUGACUCAGGAUGGUACAGGUGCUCUUUGGAUAGAACUUUGGCUCCAGAUGGAAACUAUGAUUUUGAGCUGAUUGUCACAGAAGCUUCAACCACUUCAACACCAAACGGGACUCUGAGACCUUUUUCAGCUUCAGUGUUUCUCUCAUCAGCCUCCACACCACCAACAGCACAGAGUUUAAGCUCAACUUCAGGAAGCUCCACACCUUCAUCAGCGUCCUCUGAAACCAAACAUGCAGAUUUUCUGAUUUAUGUGGGUCUGAUUCUGCUCGUUAUGAUCGUCGUCUUAUCAGCAGCUCUGCUGAUUUUCUACAUGAAGAGGAGGACCACUAAACCCAGAGGACCUCCUGUGGAAACAGAGUAUGCUGACAUGCAGGCAGAUAACCUCUGCUACGCUGAAGUGCAUUUUCCCCACAUUCCUGUCACCAGCAGCGCCCCCUGUGGUGAAGCAACUGAUGUUGUCUACUCAAUGCCUCAGGUGGACCUGAGUACUGCCAUCCUCACCAAAGAUGCUUCACCUCCUCUGUACGCUACUGUUGCCUCACUAUGAAUUACAUCAGUAGUGUUUUUUUUAAAUCUGUCCUGUCGCGCAGAAUAAUGGUCUGAAUGCUUUGUUGUGCCAAACAUAUUUGCUUUCCCAAGAGGAGCACCAUAGACUCUUUUUAGGUUUUUGUUUUAUUUAUUUAUUUUAUUUUAUUAUUCAUAUUUUUCUCUGUAUAGAUAUUAAGCUGGAAUGGACAGGGGGUGAGGGAUGAAUUGGCAAAAGACAGGAGAAGAAAUCAGAGGACUAGAAGAAGAAAAAGGAAAGAAAAACGAGAGAAAACAAUGAGGGUGGGGGAAAAAUCGAGUUUGAAGUAUGCAGUUAUAUAGCCUGAGGUUAAAGUUGUUUUUAUUAGAGCUGCUUAUAAUUUAGCUCAACAGAUAUAUAAUAUAAAAAUGUUGCUUUUAUGAUUCUGGAUGAAUUUAGUGAAACGAUUGCAGAAAACAGACUGCUUGGAAACAAGAUAUCUUUCAAGGAAGACGAAAAGUGAAGAGAUGCAGUAAUCUACAUGUUUUUAAUGAAAAUAAACAUGAACAUUGGCACUUUU